AUGCUCGAUUAUGUCCAUGACUGGAAUAACCUUCGAACACGCGUAUACCUAGACGAAAAACUCCUGGCAGCUCUGCGCAAUCCUGACAGAGCUCGUGUUGUGAGAACGGAACAUUACCUUAAUGCUGUUCCUUCUAUACCGCAUUCCAAUCCUUUCAAGUCGAAGACCCCUUUUCAAGCCUCGUCCUCCGACUUGAGUUGGGAGGGAGUACACUAUACUGCCACAAGAGAUGAGGAACAGCAUCCUAGCAACUCGCGGGUCACUAAAACACAAAGUCAGUUUUGUCAAAGUGCGAAUUCCAAAGUCACCGAAUCUCAAGAUUUCGGUCUCAGUCGAUAUGAGAGUUUGCCUGCAGUAUCCCAUCGAGCUCGGAUUCCUGAAGACUUAGAUUGCAGAAAUCCUUCUGCGCACAAGAGCAUUUACCAAGGAUGUGCUCCUAGUGAUCUUGACUCGAGUCGAGGUGGCAACAAUGGAAACCGACUUCCGUCUCGUUGCAGUCCAUGCAAUUCACAAAUUCCUGCGUACCCCAGUCACUUAGAGUAUACCAGCAUUGACUUUGACACCGCUCUCAAAGCCACGGACAUACCUGCUUGCAACAGUAAUUCAAACACAAGGGAUAAUUGCGAGAACAAAUCCAUUAAUACGGCGGCUCUGAAUCAUAACAUCGGCAAUCCAAUCCCUCUCUAUUCAACCAAUAACGAGAUUCGUACCUUUCAAAUUGCUUCGAAUACGCCUUGCAUACCCUUUUCAGAAAGGAACAAAGCCUCCCGAUUACCACGUAAAGUCAGACGUCACAUCGACCGACUGCAGAAACGGCUACUGCGAAUGAUUUAUGCUACCCACAGGGUCACGUUCAAUAAUGGUGAUUGUCAGCGUAUACUGAUGGGAAUGCGAGAAUAUGUACUACGGCUGUCAGGAUUUACCAUCAUGGGAAGCGAAGCAACACGGGUCCCAGUAGGAGUGAAUACCCCGGAUCUCAAUGUCUUGCAGAUGGUCUUCGGUUCAGACUCAUAUAUCAUGCGUAACUUCCGAAUAGCACUUCGGAUGAUUUAUUCAUGGCCUAAGGUUCGUGUCGAGCAGAAGACGAAGUUUGUGGAGCCGACCGGCGAAACUGAAUGUCGAUUACAUAGGCAAUGUCUUAUUAGACACGGAAUCGAAGUGGAAAGUGCCAUAGUACUGUCACCUAUCGACCGGGAGCCCCGGGACUUUGAGGUCCGUGCCUUAGCAGAAGCAGUGAGCAAAUCAACCAAGUUCACAAGGCUCCAAUCGUACCACCGGACCCAAAAAUAUCAUCGUCGUCGACAAGUACCAAGAGCAGUCGGAGCCAAAAUGUGCAUUGUGAUACCUGCGAAGCCGCAGCCAACUGCCGGCAGUGACUUCCAAUUUCAUGGUGUAUCCCUUACGUCCCCGACAGAUGUUCCUACGAUCCCUAUCACGUUGGAAGAUACGAUGACUGAAAGAAAUUCAAAUCGACUACUCACAAAACAUCCUCGGAGUUCUGAGUCCAAUACGGCGUCUUUAAAGUGCAUGCCAGAGAAGACUGAGCGGGAUCAAUUAAAUCAGAAUAUUCAGCUGAGUAUCAGUUCAAAUGACAUACCCCGCUCCGUUCUUAUCAUGCCUAUUACAGUCUCCCCCGUUAUUCCUGCUGGAAACAAUGAAACUAGCGUACUCGGGUGUUCAACAGAUCUAGCACCGACUUGGCCAAUAUUGGAGAUUCAUACAACUAUCGUUGGGCUCAGACAAUGCAGUAUUGAUGCAUCAGGAGGUAAUUUUGAAGGGAUAUGCGUGGAAGUCGAAGUCCUGGCCAAUAGCUACCGACGCCGUCAGGAAGGAAGCCAGUACACUAGACCCUUGUGUAGAAAGAUCACGAAUAUUCGAGGGAAGGUCACGAUCAAGCCCAGUAUUGCCGUUGACAGUAGAAUUGAACGAAAAUCCAACACAUUUGGAGAGGAGCUAAAAUUGCGCGUAACAACGAGUGCAAGCAAAACAACACUAGGAAUGAUGCGACAGCAAAACGAAGUUCACGAUCAAUACCAUCAUCAAUAUCGUUCCCAUUUUGGAAACAGUUCACCGGCAACUACGAAAGCCGAUUCCCCUUGCUACCAUCGCACAAUGGAGCCAUCCUCUAUCCAUGCUUCUCCCAAACUACAUUCUGGUGUAUCCUGCGACGGAAAAUAUCUUGAAUCCAGUAUAAAUGUUAAACCAGGAACGCGACAUGGGGCUCAAACGUUUUGUCAACAUUUGAAACACUAUCCGAUACAAGGAGAGCUCCGACAUCUAGGAUAUGGUGCUAGAAUAUCGACUCAUGUUCACUCCCUGAUGGCGGAAUGUGUCUUAUUUCUCGAGCAACAUAUCAGCCGAGAAACUCAUCAGCAGCAAGGUUACGACGCACCGUAUCAUUUAGUCUCCCUCUCUGUCUUUCAUAUUUCAAACGUCUGCGGUUCUCCAACAGCAGUAGGAAACUGGAAUACAACCAGUCCUGUUUGCGUUCCUGGCAAAGGGUCUUACGGUGUUUGCAGAGGAAGCCAGGGAAUGAAGCGACGACCACACACCACUCGAAAGAGUCAGCGUAUUAAGACAGUGCGUAAUCUGCAUCAACUCACUAGCAGCAUGAUUGCACAGACAAUUCCAGAUGUCACCUCCAAAGAGUUCAGCACUGUCUCCGAACGCGACCUCAUCACGACAAUCUUCCAUUGCCUUCCCGGCUUCACUUUCACUCUUGCAGAUAAGGAACUUGGAGAAAUCACAGUCCAUCGGGUUUUGCAUAGAGUCCAGGAUUCCCGAUUUUCAUCGAUUUUUACUGUGCUACGGGAUCUUAUAACUGGCCUCGGAGAUCGACAGCAGCAUCUCCAAAGGAUUCCGCGCUCACCCCAAUUGGAAUUCCUUGUUCCGGGAUCAAUCAGUUUCCCUAGGUCUUCGGUUUACCGCCACCGGUCAAUAAUAGCAGAAGUUGCGGUGAUUAAGCCAGAGUCAAAACGACUACUCACAGAUCAUCCACGGAGUGUCGCGUUCGAUACAGUAUCAUUGAGGCUCAAUUGGAUAGAUAAAACCGAACACAAUCAAUUAAAUCAGCGUGUUUGGCUCAUCAAUAGUUCAAGCAACGUACUGAGUGACAUUUUUAUCACAUAUAUCGCCAUCUCUCACAGUAUCCCUUCUGGACAUGUGGAAACCAGUCUUCUCGAACGUUCUACAGGCCUAGCGCCGACUGAGCCACUAUCGGAGGUAGAAGUCAUUGGGCAUAAGCGAUGCCUACAUGCAUCAGGAAAUGAAGUGACCGAUACUGAGACCUCGAGGCAAUGUAAAAAGGUGGACACAAUGUCGAGCGUAAAUGGAACGAUGGCGGAAUCGAUUAGACGGCGAAAUCAUGAUGGGGCCCAUCAUCAAUAUCAUUCCCGUUUUAGAAACUGCUCCGAGGAACCGGCUCUUGCCAAUUCCCCGCUUCAUCGCACGAAGCCUUCCUCUAUUCGCGUAUCGUCCGACCUUCGUUUGUUCCCAUCCAAGCAUAAAGGAAGGUCUAAUCCACUGAAAAUGGUGCCCUUAGGUAUUUACUCUUAUACAUGCUUGUUAUUGCGGAACAAGUUUGUCAUUCCAGCCCGAUCUUCGACUCAUGUAACCGCAAAAGGGCCGGCCUGUAAUGCCAUUUCCAAAGGCAAUGAACCUUGUGCUCCUAUGUGA